AUGGCUUUCGGCAGAUCUGAGGCAACCUCAAAACUGACACCCAAGUCACCAGAAGCGCAGAAGCGGCUUCACAAUUUGGACGACAUUCGCGGCUCCAUUCAACCAAACCAAAGUCUGAAUUCCUUCAAGAGGGUGUCUAUUCCUGCGUCAUCACAGCCCUGUGAACUGUACACAAUCCGGAUCGUCUAUCCUCGAUACUCGUACAUCCCAUUAACGCCAAGCAAUGAUAUGUCAUACCCUCCAGCCUCGCGGCCAAUCCCAAACCACAGCUUCUUCUCCAAUCCGACUAAGAACAUGUCGUCUCAAAGCUCUUCAGCUCGAUCAAGAAUUCCGUCUCUCAUGAUCCAUGCUAACCAUCUCAUACCCGCCCUCCCCAUCCCUCCCUCUCCCUCGUCCCCGCCCCCUCGAGAACCCAAGCCCAUCCUCCUCGUCUCCGGCGCCGCCAUUCUGCGCGGCCCCGUCACCGCUGCUCCCAGCACCGGCAUUUCCGCCGCCACCGCCUCCUCCACCAAACGAUAUUGGCCUCAACUCGCGGUAUCUAGAUCCCCAAACCGCCAAGGCGACACAGAUACCCGAGCUGGCAGCCAUGGCACCCCACCACAUUGCGUUCCGUGGGAUGCGGCCGGUGUAUAGGCUCGUGACGACGAGGUGUACACCGUGCAUUGUCAACGCGAAGUCGGGUACGAGUUUCGAGCGGCCGAUGAGGAUGAUGAUUGCGACAGCCCUGUUGUUGUACGUUAACGUUGGUUUUUCAGACUCUUGCCCUCGCUCGUUCGCUCCCUUCCUCUCUCUCUUCAUCCCGCGACCACAAGCUCCCAGAAACAACACAAACUAGCCCAAACACUCCGUAUAAAAGACGAGAAGGAAGGGAAGAAGCUCACAUGCAGAAACCCCCAUCAAGAACCCACAAGAAAGCCCCCAACCAACCCUGCGUCGUAUCUCCCCGAACAGCCUCCCAUCCAAAGACGGUAUCCAGCGUGAACCCCGUUCCAGCGACGAGCGCCGAAAAGAGCAUCAGC